AAAAAAAAAAAGAAAGAAAAUAAUAUAAUUUUUUUUAUGAUAACAAGAUUAUUAGGACUUUGGUGUGUUACUUGCAAAAUAGGUGAAGUGAAAAAGCUUUUCCGCUUCAAUCGCGUCGGUCUUCGGUCGUCGUCAUCAUCAUAAUCAUCAUCAAUUGUAUCGUCAUAGUCAGUUUGUCGGUCGUCCGAGAGGAAAUACCUACUCAACUUUUGAAAGAAAAUUAUCCUUUCCCUUUUUUAUUUUAUUUUAUAAAAAAAAAAUACAACAAAAAAAAAAACAGAAAAGAUGUCUCAUAUUUCAUUUGGAAAAACAUAAAUCAACUAUUAAGUACAUGAGUGCUGAAAUCAUUUCUUCGCUACAUAAUUUCUUCUCACCCUUCUUCUUCUUCUACUACUACAACUACUUCUUCGUCUUCUUCGACUUCUUCAACUACUAUUUCUGCUGCUAUCUUCUACUAUAUCAUUCCUCUGCUGAAAGUCUAAGUUAUUUUUUCGUGUGUCCAUCGACGUUGGAGUUAAAAAAUUCAUUCGAAAAUAGUGUUUUUACAUCAGUGAUUAGCUCGAAAACGGACAUUUUGAAAUUUCGAAAAAAAAUUUUUGAGAAAAAACAAAAAAAAUUUAAAAAGAGUCCUCCGCCGGACUUGGGGUUAAACAAAUUUUUGGUGUCUUGCCCUCUCUCACUUCGGUAAUUUGGUCGUUUUCGUCCUGUUAUAAGUCCUAAAGUCGUGUGUCGAAGGUAUACUUCUUUUUUUUGUGUGAUUUUUUGUUCGCAAAAAACCUAGGGGUGGUACAGUUUCUCUCUGUGUCGAUAUAAUUUAUCUUUUCACAUCGUGGAAUCUUUUUUUUUAUCGUCCUCCGUCGUCGUGUCGGUCGUUUUCGUUCGUUUGUUCCUAGAAUAUUAUUGUUGUUGUUGUUGUUCGGGUGUUUGAAUGGUUGGGUGGUAGUACAAUAUGUGUGGUUGGUGUUAAAGUGUAUAUCAAUAUUUGUACAUACCCCUAAAAGUAUACAUAUAUACAAAAAAAAAAAAAGUCCUCCUCUAUUUGCUUAUACCUACAUAAUGAUAAUUGGGAAAUAUUCAGCUACCAAGUUUAAUAGAGUGUAAAUUCGGUUUGUAAACGUGGUCCCUCUUAGCAGCAGUCAGAUCCUUGUUUAAGGAUAUUAUAUUCGUUCGAUUCUCGUUAAAUUGUUAUGUUGUGUAUAUGAAUGUGUGUGUAUUAAAAUUGCUUAGUAGUACAAAAUAUCUAUCAUGAGAAAAAAAGAUUAAUAGUUUUUUGCCAAAAAGAAUAAAAGAAGAAAGAAAAGAAAAAAAAAAGAAAUUAUAGAGAGUGUGACACCCCAGAGCAAAGAUAUGUACCCCUGUUUCCUCUACAUAUCUCCUAAAAGUAUGUCACAUAAUAUAAAACAGUGAUGUGCAUCGUAUAAAACAAGGAUUUCUAUCUAAAAAAAAAAUAAUAAUUCUCUUGGAAUUUAUCUAAAUAAUCUCUCUCAUCAAAAACAAAAACGAAAAAAUAACAAAAAAAAAAAAAAGAAAUCCAAUUAGAGGAUUAUUUUCCAUAAAGUCCAGCCCAUUAAUAUUUCACAAAGAGAACGAAAACAAAAUCAAAUGACAAGUACUUAAAUUCGGAGUAAUUAAACACAAAAAUUCAAUUCAUAGAGUUGUGCAAAAGGAAACGUGAAACGUUCCAUCAACGGUUUAAAUUAACCAAACCAUUUGGAAGUUAUGACGUCAUGAGACCAACAUUUGAUCGACGCCUCUGGAUAUUACUGUUCCUUAUUUCAUUGCAAUGCUUACAAACAACAAAUCAACAAAACAUUAUCAAAAUUCUGAAACAACAGUAUUUGCAGUCAGAAGUUCCUGCACAUCAAUUGUCAAAUGCAACAAGUGCAACAACACAAAACGACCAAGAUCACUUUGUCGUAUCAAAUGUAUUAGAUGAUAUUAAUAAAAAGAAAAUUAAUAACAACAAACAAAUAUCAUUGUCAAAUACAAGUAUUAAACAAAACUCAUGUGCCAAUUGCUUAAGAGCCAAAACAUCCAAAUCCAAACAUCAGCACGGGAAUCACAUCAAGCAUUCACGUCUCGAUGAUCAACAUCGCAAAUCAAAGAAUCCCUUACCGCUGCUGUUGCUUCCAUUUAAUUCACUUAGUAAUACGACGACUUAUUCGUCAUCUCACAUUUCUAUGUCAAUGUCAUCUUUAUCAUCAUCCUCAGCUAACCCAUCCUUACUUAAAAAUUAUAAUAAUAAUAAAAUUGGAAAAAUUUCCUUUGUGACAACAACUACUAGCGGAUUGCAAAAUGAAUUUCUGCAAUCAUAUUUAUCUCAACAAGGGCCAACCAUCACCACCGAUGAAAUAGCAGCUCAAAAACUCUCAAAAUAUAAUCAAAAUCAACAACAACAACAAAAACAAAAACAACGCCAAAUAAAACAUCGAAGAGCCAAGCGUGAAACUGAUAAUAAUUCGCUUGAUCUGCUGCUGUCGAGUAGAGGAGGAGGAGGCAGUGAGCUUAGCAGUAGCGAGGAAUUCCCAAUAGAUGGCAUUAAUAACAUUAACAAAUUACUCAGCUCAAGUAAUAUUAGAAAAAGUGAUAUUAGAUUAAACAAAACAAACAUAGAUUUAUCAACUUCGUCUUCUUCUUCGUCAACGUCUUCUCUAUCUUCAUCAUUAUCAUCAUCAAAAUCUGCAUCUGAAUCUUCAUAUUUAGCUACCGAUGCUGAUGCUGAUACAAACAAUCCCGUUCCAACCUUACUCUAUUCCCUAAAUUAUCUUCCGCAAGAAUCUUUAUCAUCGGCAUCAUUUGAAGAUGUCCGAACUCCUAGCAGUAGCAAAAGAAAUAGUAGAAGUAAGAGUAAAAUAAUUAAUAAUAAUAAUAAUAAUAAUAUCCUGCCAAUGGCAGCUCCAUUGCAAAUGGACACAGCCAACAACAAUUACAGUGAUAGUAAUAGUAGAUCGAAGCUGAAAGGAUUUCAGUCUUUUAAAAAUAAAAAUGAACCGAUAAUUAUAAUUGACGAUGUCGAAGAAUUCGACAGUGGUAGAGGUUAUAGCAGUGCUGCUGAUAGAGAUGAUAUCUCGCUGAGCAAUCCAAAUGGGAGUGAUGAAAAAAGUGAAUACUAUUCGAAUGGGAAGCCAAUUGCAAUGCCAUUGCGACCUAUUAUUCAUCCUUUUGAUGAGGAUCACGAUGAAGAAAUGUCAGUGGUUUAUGCUGAACAGCAUACGGAGGUACGCUUGAUUUGUGAAGUCGAUCUGGAUAUUGUCAGUAGUUCGUGGUAUAAAAAUGGAUUGAGUGUUCAUGCUAUAGAAAGAUCAUCCCGAAUAACUGAUUAUCGUUUUAUCAAAGAAGUCAAUGGAGCCCUAACUAUUACAAAUGCUAUGUUGGAAGACGAUGGCAAAUGGCAGUGUGAGGCUGAAAAUGUGAAUGCGUAUAUAGAAAAUGCGCGCCCUGUUAAACUAAUAAUUUUAGACCGUCCAAAGGCACCUUAUUUACUAAUAGAUUCACGACGCUUAGAUGCUGGAAAUAUUUUUGUACCUGUUAAGGAGAAUUCUGAACUUAAUUUGGCUUGCAUUAGUGAGGGUGGUAAUCCAAAACCAACUCUUACAUGGGAAGUUCUUUUAAGUCCUGGUGUUGACCGACAUGCACAAAAAGUUGCCGCAGAAGUUCUUGAAUUGGAGGAAGUAAAAAAGGAUAAAACCAAACAACCAUAUAAAAUCAAUGCUGGAGCAAAAAGUGAAGCACGUUUGCCAGCUGUUUAUAGAGCACAUCAUAAUGCAAAGAUACUUUGUGUUAUGGAACAUCCAACACUUAAAAUGAGACAAAAUGCUUCACUUUUAUUAGAUGUUCAAUAUACACCAUCGUUUGCUAUAUCACGAACCCCAGGAUUUGGUUAUCCACUACGAGAGGGUAUUGAAGUAUCUUUGAAAUGUGAUGUUGACUCAAAUCCAGCAAGUGUGCCAAGAUGGCAGAAAGAUGAUGGCGAUACACCGGUGCCACAAACGGGAGACGGUUUUCUUAAUUUUACAUCAAUUCGUAGAGAACAUUCUGGCUGGUAUAAGUGUACAUCACGCCAUUUAAAUUAUCAAUAUUCGAGCAUUGGAUACUAUUUGAGUGUUAGAUACGAUUCGGUUGAUGUAACAUCUGAACCAGACGAUCAGGAUGUAUCCGUAGCAGCAUCACAUAACCCGAAUAAAGGGCAACUGGAAGUUCAAUUGGGCGGAGCAGUAACAUUGCAAUGUCCUCAAGGAUCACUUGGUUGUUGGUCCCAUCUCGAUCCAGUAACAGCACGAUUAAGGGGUCUCGGUCAUGGGUUAACUCCAGCAACUGGUCAAUUUUCCAUUAAAGAUGUUAUUUAUCAGGAUGCAGGAACCUACAAAUGUAUUGGCCAUUCAACAAAAAAUAACAAGAAAAGACUCGAAGUGCUUCAAACAGUUGGAUUGCUUGUAAAAGGUGUCCCAACAGUUGUUGCUCGUAAUGCAACACCCGUAGCAUAUCCUGGGUCACCUCUUCAUCUUUCUGUCGAAUUCUGUGCAAAUCCUCCGGCACAUGCUGCACGUUGGUUGCAUGGUGAUCGAGUAUUUACUCCUGGAAAUCAAUAUGGAAGUACUGUUCUCGCUUAUGGAGUAACGGAUCUUCCAACACCAUUUUGUAAGGAAGCCCGUCUAACCUAUGUAAGCAUGCACGAGAGGGUUCCUAGAACAUUUUAUUUCAUAGUUUCUACACCGAGUGGUGUGGCUGAAGCCGUAUUCAAAGUUAACUUCACUAUAAGAUAUCGAUCAAUGACCAAUAAAAUGGACAACGACGACGAAGAAUUGAGUGAACCAGAAGAAAUUCAAUUCCCCGUUUUUGGAACUCCUGAUGCUGGAGCUGUAUCAAACCACAUCACACAGUCGCUGAUCAAAAUAAUUAUUUUCUGUUGUUUCCUAACCCGAAUAUUCAUAGUAAAUUUAUUUUAAAAACAAAUACAAAAAAAAA